AUGGAAGAAGAUAAAAAGCGAACAUUAGAUCAGUCAGCUGCCUUGACAAACGGUCAUGACGAACCACAAAAAAAACGGCCCCUGUUAAAUAAUGACGCUAACAGGCGAUUAUCUACACAAGAACCGUUGGGUCCUUUGACGGUGGAAGAUAUCGCUCAGUUCCAGAAGGAGGCUAUCUUCAGACAAAUGAAAGCUUACAAGCGUGAGCGUGAUUUACUUGAAGAUAAGAGCGUCAUUCUGGAGAAACGGUAUUCUUCUCUCGAAAAGUCAUUCAUUUCAUUAGACGAAUGGUGGGUCCAACUGCUAGAUACUCUGUUUCCAAACGGAUCCAGUAGUAGCGACGAGGUAGUCUCGUUGCUACAGUUUUCCUUGAAUGAUGUAGAAGAAGAAUCAGACGAGUUCAAAGAGAAUUUAGAAGCCAAAAACACGCUUAUCAAGGCUCGUAUCAGUGCAUGGGUAAAAUCACACCCCCCUAAUUCAUCAACUGAAGCCGAGAUCAAAGAAUCUUUAGCAAAAGUUAGCCAAGCGUUACAUUCGGUACGAACACAAAAUCAAGCAUUAGUUUCGUCGAAAUCUGUUUUAACAGCUCAAGUCGAAGACUUAAAAGAAAAGUAUUUAUCAGCCGAAAAGAAAUUAGAGCGAUACGAGUCGCCUUCAGUUGCCAGAGUCCAGCAAUCAGUCAUUAAAAGAGAAGACUCAACUGAUGAGGUAGAUGAAAAAUCUAGCACAGACUCUGGUAAAGACGGAAACGAAUCGGGAGCUGCUGCUUCUGUGGAAACUUUGGCCGAACUCGAAAAGCUGAAAACGGCUCUCGACAACUCCGAGGCAACUGUCACCAAACAAAACGAUCAUAUCAAAGAGUUUGAAGCGCAAAUCAGUACACUAAACAACCAAAUACAGAGUCUAAAUGCCAGACUAAUCAAUUUACCAAAAGAAGAUUUGGAAAAAUCGGAAAUCGUCAGGUCUCUGUGGCUCCGAAACGACGAGCUCAAAAAGACUGUAGACACCCUCAAGGCAACUAAUGAAAAAUUAGACAGCGAGCGAUCCAAGCUACGAGUGGGUCAGGAGGAAUUCGAAAGCAAGAUUCGAAAUGAAUAUAGAACCAAAAAGGAAUCUCUAGAACAACAAAUUACAAAACUAGAACAGGACGUUGCUCGUAUUCGAAGUGCUCGAGACGACCUCCUAUCCGAGGUCAACAUCAAAAAAGCCGCAGAAUCAGAACGCAAAAAGGCCUUUGAGGAACUAAACUCACUGGUAUCGAUCCGUGAAGCGCGCAUUAAAACACUAGAAGAGGAGAUUGCACGUUUAAAAGACCAGUCCGACUCGACUGCUUCAUUAACGAAAAGCGCUAUUUCCGAGCAAAUCAAUGGCGCUGCCAAUGACUCGGAUAAACUCGAACUGGCUAUCAAUUUAGCUGAAAAGUUACAAAGACAGAACAAAAGUCUUCUUGCCGAACUUCCUGGACUUGAACAAGCAUUCGCUCAAGCACACGCCAAAGUGACAUCGAAAGCCAAUGACGUGGUUGAACAAGAGGCUCUUGUAAAUAAGUUAAAGGCUGAGAAAGUGCGUGCUGAUGAAAAGUAUUUCUCAGCCAUGCGAGCCAAGGACCAACUGACCAACGAGAACAACCGGCUUAAAUCACAACUCAAUAAAAGUGCCGAUCUCAUCCAACAACUAAAGGAACUGGAAACCACACACACCCAGACCAUCACCUCACUCCGAAAGCAAAUCGACGAGUUAAACAAAGCCCACGAGUCACAUAACCACGAUAUCCAGGCGUCCAAACGGUCACUCAGCGAACGCCAGUACCGGAUCGACUCUGCAUCACGACACAUUGAACAACUCAAAGAAGAAGUUCGUCACAAAACCGAUGCUGUUAAAAAAGAGAUCGAUUCACGUCACAGCUUAGAAAUCGAGAUCGAGAAGCUCAAGCGACAAGUCGAGGCCAAACGACUCACCACAGCCGGCGGCGGUUCAGCCGCCGAAGAGCAAUUAGAAGCCCUACGGUCCAUCGCCAUCUGCUCACUGUGCUCCAAAAACUGGAAAGACACGGCCAUCAAAGUAUGUGGCCACGUCUUCUGCAGCGACUGCGCCAAAGACCGACUCAACGCGCGUCUCCGCAAAUGUCCCAUGUGCAACAAGCAGUACUCCUUUAACGACCUCCUCCCCGUCCAUCUGUAG